ACACAGGAAACAGUUUUAAAGCACGAGGCCGUGUUUCACACCUGUUGCAACUAACAAGGGGACGUGUCUUGUGCAGAAAUACUUCUGAAAGUUGCCUUACGAUAACACCUGAAUCAAUGGAGCACAGGCCAGCAGUAAAUACGUUCUUAGCUCUUCUGUAUAGUAUCAUUAAAAAGGCAAAAUUCCUUGAAUUCUCUGAAGUUACACAGCUUUAAAGUAUCCUAGCAAAGAUAUGUAUUUACUUGAUGAGUAAAGAUGCUCGUGUUCCUAAUCCGUUUGGUUCUUUUGAGGUGGACACAGGCAAAGGUGAUGCAAAGGAAUAGGAAAUUGGUAGUUUCACCUCAGGAUACAGUUCCAGUAAGAACCCCUUGCCUUUUUUGUCGCUAAGGUGUAAUUACUGGUAUUGGAAUUCUCCUCCGACACGUUAAUAUGAUACUGUAUUUGAUCUGUUCACGGAAGCUAUUGGCUAUGGGAUGUUUUAACCUCCCCCCAAUACAUAAUAAAGUUCUCCAGCUGUCCUCCACAUUUAUUAACUUGACAGGUAAUGACGUUGAUAAAAACCGUGCUAAAACUGGAAAUAACUUCCUGAAAGUGAGCCUAUCGGUUAAUAACUUGUGUUUAUAGAACCUAUAGUUUUUUUUUAAUGAGAACCACAUUCAAAAAUAGGUUACAUAGGGACAUAGGAACGUGCAAUUUCUGCAAGGUCGUCGUCAUUCCACAGCUAUUUUAAGCAUUCGCACAAAGUGAACAAGGGUGGUACAGGGAGAGACUUUUCUUUUUAAAAAACAAACAUAGUCAUUACUAUUAAUAAUACAUGAGGUCAUGCUCGCUUCUAAAGCCAGCGAGAAAGAAUUUUCGAUCUUAAGAAGUCGUGGCAUCAACACACACACGCACACAAAAGACGACACCGAGGAACAGUUCCAUGGAAAACAGUAAAGGAAAUUAAUUGACUACUUAUAAAAUGAUUCAGCUUCCUCAAUUCGACUCCGUGCACUGCCUUUUUCCGCUCAGCUUUCACUGCGUCCAGCCCCGGCACAGACACCCUUCGACAGCCCGAGCGCCACACGGCCAAUCGGAAGCAGGCUGCGGGGGCGGUGCGGCGCAGGUGCAACUUCAGCUCCUGCCUGUCGCCCCGAGUUUGAAACUUCACAAGUCUCCGAGAAGUCCCUGCACUGAUUUUCCUACAGAUUGCUGAUCUGGAAGUAUCCUAAAAAAAUCUGUUAUCUGUGAUUUUUUUGCCAGAUAUGGCAGAAAGCCAAAGCCCUGAAGAUGUGAUCGUCUGCCCUCAAUGCGAGUGAGGUGGCGUCUUCCUGGAUUCCUGAAAGUCUCCUGCAGCCAAGAUCGACAUGGAGGUGAAAGUGGGCUACAGAGUGUCCUCUGCUGUGGAAUCGGACAUUUUCCGCAGCGUCCAGGCCAUUCUGCGGGAGUUAGAAGGCCAACACCCAGCCUCCCAGCCCAUCCGAGGGAUGCUAAGAUGGACUCUGCAUAAGAAAAUUGAGAACAGUCCUGCAAAAAGCAUCUCAUUGGUUAAAAUAGUUGUGAAAGAAUUAGAAAGGGCGGAGAGGGCUGACAAUAAAUUGUACAUCAUACCUCUGCUCCACACACUGAUGUACACAAUAAUCCAGGCAGCGUACAUUCCUGACGACCUGUAUCAAAGGGUGUAUGACUUCUGCAAACGGUUGUUAACACUCCCUGAGCCCUACUGCACGAUCGGCCUCAGCCACGCUGUCAAGAUUAAAACAGAACGCUACACCCCAGGUCUUUUAUAUCAGAGGAUGCUUAUUACUGAGCAAAACAUAAAGAAUGACCAAUUUCCAUACCAGGAAAAGGUGCUUGUGUUUGCAGACCCCGGCGUGUUCCCGGGCGAGACGGGGGCCGCGCUGAGCCGAGACAUCGAGUCCAGCAGCCCCCUGCACAGCCCCGUGGGGCACAUGCGCAGUGUCAUCCAGCACACCUUGCAGGCCGCGCUGGGGGAGAGCUGCGAUGGUCCUGCUCUGGCUCGGAUUCUGGAGGCCGGAGGACAAGAUGUUGAGGCAUACUUCCAGGAAGUGGUGUUGUGCAUGGAGCACUGUUCAGAGGAAGCGGGGUCAGACCGCAGUCAGUACACAGCGAGACUGCAGAAGCUCUAUGCACACAUUCUCAGGACUGCAGACCAUGAUGUGCAGUCGCAGGGGUCUCUGUGUAGCGUCCCCCUGCCAAACCCUGAAAUCAGCUUUCACCUCUGGCGGGAGGAUGAACAGUUGUGGAGAGAGCUUGCGAAGUUUGUUAGGUCAGGGUCCUCCUACGACCACUACAGCAUGGGCCCAGACUUCUUUGACCUGAACGAUUUCUCAGUGGACUUCAGCCCGGAGAUGACACGGCACUCCAUCCUGUCCAACGACAGCGGGAUCGAGAGGGAUCUGCCUCCGAAUGAGCUGCCGGCUGUGGCGGAGGAGCCCCCUAGUGGUGGGAGUGAGCAGGAGCAGGCCAGGCUGUUGAGGAGGGGCUGCAUCAGGAUGAAGCCCUCGGUUUCGGACGGCAUGGCUCUCCUUCAGGACGGUGUGCUUGAGGAGCCCAGUGCCAGCGGGAAACUGCAGAGGAAAGUGGGGAGCCGCGGGAUGUCUGUGAGCAAGCAGCAGCGGCUCUACACUGCCCGCGUUGUGGUGAUGGGAGAUGACCAGGUGCUAGGAAAGCUGGCAAAGGCCUAUUAUUCCCUAAGGAAGAGGGAGGCACGGCGUCCCUUUCUGACAACAAAGCUGAAUCUGAAGAUUUACUACGUACCUGUCGCUAGCGAGCCGCAGAACGCCUCUCCAGUUAAGGAGAAUGUUUCAGCUACAAGCAGCAAACCUUGUCUCCUGGCCUCUUACCUUGGAAGAGUGGAUCCUUGGUUCGAGAGCAACAUUAACAGCCUGGGAAACAUGAUUCCCAAGCUGGUCAAAAUGCAGUCAAGCACGAGCAAAUCUGCAGAGACAGACCCGUUUCUGGUUGAUGUUAUCUCCUACUACAUCCGCUUGGCUCUGCAACCUGUCUUCUUCACUCUCUACUCUGUCAAGGGAUCAGUUAGAAAUAAAAAGAGUAUUUCUGAAAUCUGUGGUGCAGUCAUCUCUGUCAACUACAUAAAGGCGUCUUUGAGCAACAGGGAAACGAACAGGGGAGUUUCACUAAGAACAUCUGGUGUGCUCAUCAAUGCUAUUCCCAUGAGUGAAAGAGAUGACCUUGACUGUCUCACUGUGAGCUUUUCUGAUAGUCCCAAAAUCAAGACUGGGGUGGAUCAGAGGAUCAGAACGUGUAGCAUUAAAAUCAGGUCCCUUGAGCGACGCACCUUCACAGUUUGCCUUGACAAGGACUCCAAGAGAGUUUUUAAGGAUGUUUUGAGCAUCGAAGUAUCGAGGUGCCUGGACCCAGGCUACUGCAUUCAGAAAGCCAGGAAAUCGAAAUUUACCUUGGGAGACGAAAAAGAUGUAGGACUGAUGAAGUACAUGACAAAGGGUCUGCCUCUGCCCAUCAACACAUUUGCUGGGAUUAUCCAGUGAUUAUUCUGCCCUGGCCACCGAAAACAAACUGACAUGGAUGUUUGCAGUAGUUUAAGCAGCAGAAAACAUCCACAGCUCUCCUUAAGCGCAGUUCUAAACUACAACUACAAGAGUCUGAGGCUGUGACUAUCAGUGUCCACUGUAGCUGGUAAUCAGAUUGGUUACAGUGAGUAACCUCAGAGUGAUCAAGAAAAACUCGUGAAAAGAUAAGAUGCAGGUGUAAUUACCCUGAUCUUAAUCACCUGAAGUAUCAGGUUUCUGGCGCACUAUUGGAAAGUAAGGAGAGCAAACAGAAUUGUGCACUGAAUGGAACAAGUAUCAAUAGAUAUAGUACUAAUACAUUUAUACAGAGGAGGUGUGGUACAUACUCACCAGUGUGACUGAUACAAACAAGUGGUGAGACUCUGUUUAUUUAUUACAUUGUGUACACACUAAGGGCAUGAAACAGCUUGUUGGAGAAAGUAAAAAACGAAUCUAAAUUGUGGCAUUACACUAUAUUUGUCUUUAGAAACUCAAAAGGCACACGGAGAGAAACAGGAAACAAUUGAAAAUGUACAGCACUUGCUGAACUCCUAAGGAUACAAAUGGCCUCUCAUUUGUAGCCCUUCUCAUGUGGUACGAUACGUAUGGGAACCCUAGUUCAAGCUGGUGACUUGAAGCAGCUCCUGCUUUGAAACCUCAGCUUCUCGGAAGGAUCAGGCUUGACCAGGCAAAUCAAGCAGGCACCAAGAGAGACUGAGGAGAGACCGUCUGAGACGAGCUCCUUCCUGCUUGCUUUGGAGGGUUUUACGAAACCCGCUCUUCAGGUUCGGUGGAAAGGACUGUGUUUGACACAGAAAGAGAUGGAAGAAGAUCCCCAUCCCAUAGUGAAUUCGGUGAGGCAGGGAAAAAUGGAAAUAACCAUAGAAAACACAGGCUGUGAGCCUUUUUUAGUAGCUGCUAAGAACAUUUAGAAAUGAACAAUACAUCUCUGUGUCCUUUUUAUGUUUACUUUUAUAAGCUGAUGAAAAGUGAAAGAAUAUUGUAAUGAAAGUGGGGCUGUUGGUGUUUGGACGCUUAAUAUUCAUUCAGACGUGACCGUUCCCAUAUGCAUCUGAAAGAAAAGAAAAAUGCGCAGAAUUAUGGUCUGAUUUAUAAUAAAUCAUAAUGGCCCUGAUCAGUAUUAAAUAUGCUGAGCGGUGUGCAUUUUUGUAAGAAAUGAUUGCAAAAAAGAAGGCUUCUUGAGCUGUGAAUCACACUCUGGUAUUCUCAGUUCUUUGCAGUUCUUUGAAGUGGCACGUACAAAUUAUUUCCUUUCUGUUUCAAAACUAAAAUCUUGCAUGUUUUAAAAAGGGUUUCAUUUACAAGAAAUCAAACUGAGUAGCAAGUGGGUGCUUUAUAUUGUGCUGUCUGUCAUGUGCUAGGCAAUAUUUAAUCUAAACAUUGUUUGCACAUCUUCAUUGAUUUUGAAAAGCCCUUCAUUUUUUUGUUCCAGGGAGGUAAUUUCAGAUGAAUAUCUAAUUGUUAUUAGCAGUAUUAUGUUAAUGCAGAUUUCAUUGUUUUAGAUUUUGGAGAAAUAAAACUGAUUGCCUAGUUUAGGUCGCAGUAAGGUUUGUAACCAAAGGUGAAAUGCAUAUUUAAAAAGUUGCACCUUAAAUUUAAGUGUACAGUACGUUUCAAUAUAGAGUUGACAAUAAUGUCACUACAAGUUACUUCGUCAUUAUAUACAUUAAUUGCUGUUAUUUUGCAUGUUUUGAGAUUUUCCCUUUCUUUGUCAAUUUAUAGUCUCACUGUUCACUUCUGAGAGUGCUUCGUGAUUAUUGUAGGAUAGUUGGAUUUUUCUGCUGGACUCCAUCAACCAAUUAUUUGUUGAACCAGCUCAGCAGGCAGUUCUGAAAUCUGGAAUGAUUUUCAGUGGUGUGGCUAUGUAUCGUUGCAUGCAGUAACACCUACACUGGGGCUGAAGUAAUCGAAUUACUUCUGAGCUGAUCUGAUUGUUGAGGUUUGUGGACACAGGCUGUGCACUCCCCUUCUAAGUACCCCUUCAGGGAAUAAAUAACAAUUUGCACAUAAAAUAAACAUCUGUGAGCCUCUGGGUUAGUUUACAUUAGCUGCCUCCAAAAAGGGGCAAAUUAAACAAUCUGGACAAACCCUGAUGUUACUUCAUUUAAUUCGAAUUCUCUAUGAGCAUUACAGCUGCUAGUACGGUAGAUGUGGAUGUCUUGAUGAGUCUGGAGUCCCAGUCACAAAUCUGCAUGCACCUCGUGAGUUGUCCAUCACUGCAUUUAACAAUUCUUUAGAAGGUUACAGCACAAUGUAAUAAUAAUGAAUAAUUCCUUACACUUAUAUAGCACUUUUCCGGACAAUCCACUCGAAGCGACUCCCCUCCACCACAACGAAUGUGUAUCUGCCACCUGGAUGAUGUGACGGCAGCCAGUACUCUCCCCACACACC